CCUUAGUAUAUUUUCAUGGUAUCAGAGCCAUUGUAACCUUCACAGGUUCUUCAAUGGCGACUGCAUAUCCUUUCCCUGAUAACAUCCAUGUCACCAGUACAGUUACAAUCAAGCUAAACAACACCAACUAUCUUUUGUGGAAAACUCAGUUUGAGUCUCUCCUAUCUUGUCAAAAGCUCAUUGGGUUCGUUAAUGGUGCCAUCACAGCUCCCCCGCGUACCGUCUCGUCAACAACCAGCAACACUGUCACAGAGACUCCCAACGCACUGUAUGAGUCUUGGUUCUGCACAGAUCAGCUUAUCCGCUCCUGGCUCUUUGGUACCUUGUCAGAAGAAGUGCUCGGGUAUGUUCACAACCUCACCACAUCUAGAGAUAUUUGGCUGUCGUUAGCUGAGAACUUCAAUAAGAGUAGCAUAGCUAGAGAAUUUACUCUUCGCCGUAGCUUGUGGGUUCUAGAAAAAAAAGACAUGACUUUUGCGGCUUACUGCAGAGAGUUUAUAGCUAUUUGUGAUGCUUUGAGUUCUAUUGGCAAACCUAUCGAUGAGUCCUUGAAGAUAUUUGGUUUUUUGAAUGGUUUGGGACGAGACUACGACCCUAUCACAACUGUUGUUCAAAGUUCUCUGAGCAAGGCGUCUCCUCCUAGUUUUGGUGAUGCUGUAUCUGAAGUUGAAAACUUCGAUACAAAGCUUCGGUCAUACAGUGCUCCUGAGUCUGUUACACCACAUCUUGCCUUUCAAGCUCAACAAACUGGAUACGGGAAUGCAUCACGAGGUGGAUAUCGUGGUCGGGGAAGGUCUUCAGGACAAAACAGAGGACGUGGUGGUUAUUCGUCCAGAGGCAGAGGCUUCUCUCAACAUCAAUCCAACCCUAGAGCCUCCGGAGAGAGACCUAUCUGUCAGAUUUGCGGACGUAUUGGUCAUCUUGCGUCUGACUGCUGGAACAGAUUUGAUGAGAACUAUCAACGGCCUGAUAUUGCUCAAGUGUUCUCUUCUCUGCAAGUCUCAGAUGGUAACGAAUGGAUCACAGAUUCGGGUGCUACCGCUCACGUUACUCCUUCUGCUGGAAACCUGCAAUCUGCGACAACUUACACAGGGAAUGACACGGUUCAGGUCGGUGAUGGAGCCUAUCUCCCUAUAACUCAUGUCGGAUCCACCACUAUCUCUUCCUCGGCAGAAGGUGGUGGCAAAGGGUCCUCGAAGUAGUGGUUUUUAUUUGUUGGAGAAUCAAGAAUUUGUAGCUCUCUUCUCUAAUCGCCAAUGUGCAGCUCCUGAAGACACUUGGCAUCAUAGACUUGGGCACUCAAACUCUCAAGUUCUCCAACAAUUAAAGAACAGCAAGGAAAUCAGUUUGAAUAAGAGCAGCACUACCUCCAUUUGUAAGCCUUGCCAGAUGGGGAAGAACAGUAGACUUCAAUUUUUUUCUUCAGAUUCUCGA